AUGCAUAUCAGCGAGUUUCUCAGCAGCCUCUUCAUCCUUUCUACCUACACUCCGACUCCGCAGGGAAGCGUAGCAGCGGCUGUAAUUCCCGGAGCACAAAAUUUCACCUUCAAAUCUUCAUCCUCAGCUGCGCUCUCGUCUACGACCGAAGCUCUCACAGCCAUAGCAGGGCUGUCGAUCUCUGCCGCUCGCACGGAUGGUUCCGCAUCAGCCACUACAUCAGUUCGUCCCAGGCCAACUAACACUACGCCUUGCAACGGACAUCUCGAGUUCUGCCAGCGAAGAUUCUCGAAUAUUUCCAUGGUCGUGGCGCACAACAGUCCGUUCGUGAGAGAGCACAAUGCGGCAAGCAAUCAGGUGCUUCCAGUCUUGACCCAACUCAACGAUGGUAUCCGCGGAUUGUCCUUUGAGACGCAGAAACCAAAUGCAUCAUCGGAAAUCCGGCUGUGUCACACGUCUUGUGAUCUCCUUGACGUCGGCACGCUUGAGUCUUAUCUGACCACCGUACGCGACUGGCUCGACUCCCACCCCUACGAAGUGAUCGCGAUCAUUAUGGGGAAUAACAACGGCCACACUGAACGUAUACCCACUUUCGAUUAUGUUGCGCCCUUCCAGAAUUCUGGCAUGCUGAAAUACCUUUACACCCCCCAUUCGACCUCAAUGAACAUCACUGACUGGCCCACCCUCGGCGAAAUGAUACUCAGGAAUAAGAGAGUUGUAGUAAUGUUGGACUAUGGUACAACCCAAAUAGAAGUGCCCUGGCUGCUCCGAGAGUGGGACUACCAAUGGGAAACGCCCUUCUCGCCCACCAAUCCCUCGUUCCCUUGUAUCGAGCAGCGACCACCAAACCAGGCGGAGGAUCUAUCUCGCAACCGCAUGUACAUGCUAAACCACAAUCUCAACAUCCAAGUCAGCCUUGCAGGUCUUAGUGGUAUCCUCAUUCCGGCAUACAGCCUCUUGGACCAAGUCAAUGCUGUAUCUGGAAAUGGCAGCUUAGGUCUGAACGUCCAGCAUUGCGAGGAGAUGUGGGGAAGACCCCCGAAUUGGCUGCUGGUCGAUUACUACAACUUUGGCAACUUUAAUGGAUCUGUCUUUCAGGUGGCCGCCACUGCCAAUAACGUCACGUAUGACCGGGGUUCUUGCUGUGGAUCUGUGAGAAAAAGUACUGCGAAUGACAAGGUGGUCAAUUAUGGGUUUCUUCUAGCUUUCCUGGCGGUUUGUGUAUUCUCUUCCUGA